CAGACGAAGGGCGAGCGAAAAGGUAUUCACGCGUAAGAUUUGGAAUUGGUUUUCCGUUUUAUAUUAAGGUGCGAAAGUAACGAUUAAUUACUGUGUGAGGAACACACAAACAAAAGCGAUUAGCUGGAUUCAACACACUUUCGACUUGUUAGCAGAGGAGCAAGCCCUCUGAUGGAUUUACUCACACUUUCUGGCAUUGAUGAAGAGCUUGGGGCCUCCGAUGUGGCUGCCCUGUGCUUUCUGUGUCGUGACGUAGUCAAUGAGAAACGCCUUGAAAAGGUAAAGGAUGGGAAAGCAUUGUUUUUGAGGCUAGAGGAGAAAGGUCUGCUGGAGAACCAUCACUUCCUCUCCCAGCUACUCAGGACUAUUGGCCGGUUUGACCUCGACAGCCAACUGAAACAAGAUUGCAGUCAACUAGGGAAUAUUUCUGACCCACAAACAGACUCAUGUCCCAUUCUAUCAAAUUACAGGGUGAUGCUGUACCGAAUACAUGAUGACUUGACACAAGAGAACCUGAACAAAAUGAAGUUUCUUUUGAACGACAAGCUGGGAAGAAGGAAAAUCGAGUCUUGCACUACCACACUGGAUGUGUUUGCUGAAAUGGAAAGGGCUUGUAUACUGUCAGACAAGAAACUGGAAGAGCUGCAAGAAAUAAUAGAGCAGUGUGAUGCACAACUGGCACUUGAAAUUAAGAACUACAGAGCAGGGGCCUUUUUGCCAUCUCAUCAAGAAUCUACUCAGCCAAUCUGCAACCAGGAUUCUCAGUUGCCUGUGAACUCUUUUCAACGGCAUAGUUUGUCUCUAUCAGGAACCCUGUCAAGCAGUGAGCCGCGUCCAGGGAGACAGAGUCUUUUCUCUGACGCAGAGAGAAAUACAGAAUCUUCUUCCCCUCAAGAUCAGACCGAUUUCUACGAACUGACCAAGAUACCUCGUGGGAUAUGUUUGAUCAUUAACAACGAGCAGUUCUUGGGAAUUGAGCUGAAAGAUCGACCGGGAACUCAGGAGGAUGAGAGGGCUCUGAGAGGGAUAUUCAUAAGACUAGGGUUUGAGAUCAGGGUUUAUAAUGACCUGACUGCAAAUGGAAUACGGCAAGUACUAGAAGACCUCAGAAGGCAAUCUUUUGAUAACGCAGAUGCCUUGGUGGUGUGCGUGCUGUCCCAUGGGGAGAUGGGAUGUGUAUUUGGGACUGACGAGCAGAAGGUUACCCUCAGGGAACUGACGCAGCCCUUCACGAGUGGGCGUGCCAAAACCUUAGCGAAGAAGCCCAAGCUAUUCUUCAUCCAGGCAUGUCAGGGGCGCCAAUACCAGAUGGGAGCAAUGCCGUGUCUCCCAAGGCUGAAAGAGGGAGUUGGGGACAGACAGAGUACUUUUGAGGAAGACGCGGGUCCAAUCCACAUGGAGUCAGUUCCGUGGGAUGCCGAUUUCCUGGUGGGCAUGGCAACAGUAGAAGACUGCAAGUCUUUCCGGAACACUACCAGCGGCUCCAUCUACAUCCAGGAGCUGUGCAGGCAGCUGGAGAGGUCAGCAGAAAGACACGAGGACAUUCUCACUGUUCUGACACGUGUGAACCGGGAAGUCAGUAAGGGAGUAUUUCUUAGCUAUAAGCAAAUGCCUGAGCCCAAAUACACCCUAACCAAGAAACUUGUCCUCAGCUUUGUCUGAGUUGACUGACCAGGUGGAGAGCUGCAACUGGUCCAGAACAAAUUGGUAAUUGGAGGUGUCACGAGCCAGCCCACUGCUGAUCCUGGAGUUGGAAAGAAGCCCUCUGACCCUUGUGCAACAACCGCCACGAUGAGGGGACAUUUUCAAAGAAGGCAGAAGAAAAGACAUGAUGACCCCAGUGGGUCAGGGUUCGAGGGGGUUUAGAUGAAUGUAAUAAAUCAAUCUGCUGUAACACACCAGCACCAACACCAGUAGUAGCUGCAAAUAUGAUUAUGAGCUGAAUAAAAGUAAUAAAAAUUAAGUCAUUAAAAGUAAGUUUAUUCAGCAGAUUUGUGAAACUUUACUAGACCAUAAUAAGUAAAGUUUUAAAAGGGAAAAAGUGUGGUGAAGUGGAAAGUUCAAAAUGGAAGUUUAGGUUUAAAUUGCACCAGAUAGACUGGUAAAUUGUAACAAUUGUCCUUGAUUAAAGUAUCAAAAAGUUUGAAUUACCGGGAAAUGGGUGCCAAAACCACAAGAACAGAAUGGAGGUAUAUACUAGACUCACUGAAAAAGGUCAGAACAGAUGUCUUUAUUAAGAGAAAUAGGUCAUGAAAAUGUGAAAGUGUGUGGUACGAGGGUGAAGGCUUAAGAGGACUGGCGACUCUAACCUGACACAUCUUGACCAGCCUCAAGGCCUUUCUACCUGUCCCUCAAUUUGUUUUUGUACCUGUAAUCAAUUUUUUUCCAUUAUAAUGCUUGUAAUUUCUUUCAUUACUUUUUGCUUUGCAGUAUGUUGUUUUUAAAUGUUGAAAUUGUCUUUAUUCUUUACUUUUGCGAUAAGAGUUUUAUUUUUUCUCCCACCUCAAAAUCCCCAAUAUCUGUGUCACCACCAACUUUAUUAAACAUUUUCAUCAACGAGGUCCCCUCCUGUAAUGCAAAAUGAUGUGGCCUUCGUUGGGAUGGCUAGAGAUAUUGUAGGAGUAUUAUUUAGUUAAGUUUAGUUAUUUAGUAAAGCGUAACGUAAAUUUCAUGCCCAAAUGAAAGAUUCCAGAUCCAACCCUUUUUCAGGCCCAAUGUGGAAAUGCACAGUGUGUCAAAAUAUUGCCUUUAACUAUAUCCAUAGCUAUCAUUGACAUAUUUCAUAGUAGGAGGAUUGCUUUUUAUACAUUUCUAGAUUAUUAGUUGACGUGGAUUUGGAAGCUGCAUUCAAUUGACAGCGUAUGAGUGCCCCUGACAUCUACCAUGCUCGGUGACCCAGCAUCCGCACCACUGUUGGCAAAAUUGUUCUUGAAAAUUCACAAACACAUUAAAAAACGUGCA